AUGGAAAUUUAUAAAGUCUCUUUUGGGGUUUACGAAUUGUUUAUGUUAAGUUCAACAUUGCUUACCAUAAGCAUAAUUAAUUAUUAUUACAGAUAUUAUACAAGGAAAAAUCCACUUCCUGCACCUUUCCCGCUUCCCUUCGUUGGUCAUCUCUUUGAUGAUUCUAUCUAUAGUAAUAACUUUUGCGAUCACCUCCAACUAUUGCAUUCCAAAUAUGGAGACAUUUACGAACAGUGGUAUGGAAGAAUACGUAUAAUUUUUGUUACCAAGCCAGAAUAUGUGGAAAAACUUUUGUCUGCAUCAACCAAAAGUAAAUACCUGAUAAGAGUUUCGAAUCCUGAAGGCUUAAAAGAUUUGGGAGUUUAUGGAAGGGGUCUUCUUUUAAACAAUGAUGUUAAUAGUUGGAAAUACAAUAGACAAUUCCUUAGCCAAGCAAUAUUAACGUCAAAUUUCUUGAAAGAAUCUGUUGACUGCACACAAGCGAUAUUUAAUGAGAUGGAGGAAUACUGGAGAGUUGGGUUGGAGGAUAAUACGGUUACCGAUUUUACCGAAUGGUCCCAUAGUCUCACUACGGAUAUAAUAUUCAAAUUGAUUACCGGAAAGAAAAUGUGGACCGUCGCUUCAUACUUCUUGAACGUUUCACCUAAACUCAAACUAAUGAAAAUGAAAAAAUUUGAUGAAAAAAUUAUUAAUGAGUCUUCGAAAAUAUCAAAAGCUUUCCAAAGAUAUAUUGCAGGAUUAGAUUUCUUCCUAUAUACUCCUGGGUGGGUGAGAAAUUAUAUUCCCAGUUUUCGGGCAACCCAAAGAGAAAUCUUUGAAGCACAGAGGUUAUUGUAUGAAAAUUUGGGCAAAAUUAUUCAAGAAAGAAGAAAGGAAAUUGAAAAUACACCAAAAGACGAGAAAUUGAGAUAUGAUAUGUUAACACAAUUGGUUACAGCAAAUACGGACAGAAGCAUUUCGGAUAUAAAUAAUAAUCAAGAAUUUACGAAACCUUUAUCCGAUGAAGACAUACGUGAUAUUGUUAUAGAAGCCUUAGGAGGAGGAAUUGAUACAACCGCAAAUGUAUUGUGCUUUGUUAUCUAUUAUCUCGCCCAUCAUCCAGAUGUUAAAAAUCGAAUGAUUCAAGAAAUCGACGAAUUAUUUAGCCAAAACCAAAACAGACCGAUCACGUAUGAUGAUUUACCACAGUUGAUCUACUGCGAAGCAGUGAUCAAAGAGGUGUCACGUGUAAUGCCCACGACACCAUUCGUUGGCCGUGUCAGCUCUGAACCGGAUCGAAUAGAUAAUGUUGAAUGGGAAGCUAAUACACGUUAUAUGAUUUUUACACCAGUAAUUCAUUCAAACAAGAAUUAUUGGAAUGAACCGGAAAAAUUUGAUGUCAAUAGAUUCAUCGAUGUCGAUGAACAAAAAAAGCACAGCGAAAAGAAUCAUUUGAUUAUGUGGGGCGGUGGUUUAAGGCAGUGCCCCGGUAGAAAACUAGCAAUGAUCGAAUUGAAGUGCAUGUUGGCUUUAACAUUUAGAAAUUGGGAUGUCGAACUAGCAGAUAUGGAUUCUCCAUUAAAAUCUGAAAUUUCAAUCGUUCGAAGUGCCAAAGACUUGAAGGUCAAGAUCAAACCUAGAAAUAACAAAAUGAAAAAUACAUAA